AUGAGUCGAAUACGCAAACGAAACCCUGUCUUCGGCAUCGCGGGAUUGGCUGUUGCGUUCCUACUCCUCCUACCGCUCUUGCCGUCAAAAGCAUUCAAUAGUCGUGUUGAUGAGGACGGUGUUCGCGCUCGUUUUCAUUGGCAUCAACAACACCAUCGCGAAGCGGCCCGGUUACCAUCUAGUGGCGACAGCAGCACUUUCGCAAAUACACGGAGCUCGACAUUCAGCCCGGGCUCUUCGUCUAGUAGUGCUGACUCACUGACUGAUUCCGACAGUCUGACUGAUUCUUAUAACCCAAUUCACUUAGACAAAUUGACUGACCCUACAAUUGGGACUGAUUCCGUCAGUCCAACCGAUACGCCAGCUAAUUAUGAUGACGAUGACGAUUUCGAUGACGAUGACGCCUUACUCGCCGCUAAUCCCGCCACCGCUUUCGACGAUGACUUUGGCUCCACCUCGUUUCAGUCACGUCUCGCAUACACACAAUCAGCAGAAUUUAAGUCCAGACCAGAUACGCUCUUCCUAAGUUCGCGAGACGAGUACUCAUCCUCCUCCUCUUCCUCACCUCGCUCGUCCUUCUCGUCUUCCCCUCACUCGUCUUCCUCCCUCCGUUCCUCCGUCUCCCUCUCCAAUCCCUCGCAACCCCCCUCGCGUUUCGCCUCCCCCCUCCCAAACCCGUCACGACCUUCGCCCGCGUCUUUUCGUAACAAAAGCCCCGCAAGGUCCUGGAAUCUUCCAAAAAAUAGAAAUCCAAUCAGCAUCAGCAAUAGAAUAGGAACCCAGCGAGCGUGGGCUCCUGCAGCUACACCCGAGUACAUACACCCUAGCGAGGUAUCCCUUAACGCGGCUUUAGCUUUCGAGAGGCAGAGGGCGAUUCGGCAGGAGCAGCGUAGGCGGCAGCAGCAGGUGACGGGCCCGUGCAGCCCGCUGGAAACGGCGAAGGUGAUACGGAUUAAGUCGUACGCGGACGUCGCGAAGCGAUUAAAUUUCGCGCCGACGCAGACGGUGAUGCUGGUGCUGCCUCCCCCCGGGUUUAUCACGAAUACGGGUUUGCUGUUCGAUGGGAACUACUCAUGCACGAUCCUGCGAAGCAAGAAGCCUGCACAGAGAAGCUACAUCAAGCUCACCCACGCCAUGCAGCCCGUUUUGCGCAUCUGGAAUACGAACAACGUGAUCGUCAUGGACGUUAACUUCUACCUGCCCGUCAAGUCCAGCUCGCGCCUCUGCUCCUUCACGGAAGUGGGCAAGGGCAUGCUGUGCCCCGCCAUCCACAUCUGGCGCAGCUACGGCGUGCAGGUGGCCAAGGGCGAGGUGUUUGGGCGCAUAGAUGUGUUUCGCAGCAUGCAAGCGCGGGUGGAUGGCAUGAGCGUCACCGGCACCUACCGCUUUGUCAACUCACCCGGGGUUAUUCGCAUCGGGGAAAGCGGAUACGGGCCAGAGCUGGUGCGGGCAAACAUUGUCAUCUCUAACAACGAGGCAUACGGUGUGGACACCCCCAUCGUGAUGCACUGGGGGGCGGUGGGCGUGACAGUGGUCAACAACUUCGUGCAUGACUUUGGGUUUGCGGGUAUCCGGUGCGGCGCGGACGUGCACUUUGCAGGAGACUGCAUGCUGAGCAACAUCUCCAACAACAUCGUUUACAACUGGCGCCGAAAUUCGUCAGGGGAUGUGGAUUCAGCAGGGAUCUACUACUGCACGCACUGGUUCAGCCCAGGCAACGUGGCAGAGUGCAACUACGUGGCAGGGGGCGACCACUGCUACUACCUGGACUAUGACACAUCGGGUGUUGUGAUACGCGGGGGUGCGUGCAUCAACACGUACGAUGGGAUUAAAGUCAACAACGGCAAAAACAACGUAAUAAAGCACAUCAUCUUGAAGAACGUGGAGGGCAUGCCCGGCUGGUGCACGUGCUUCACACCCACCGUCAACAACUGCCGCAAGGACCCCGGCACGUACUGGGAGAACAUGCGGCUAAAGUACUAUGACACGGACCUGUUCCGCUCGCUCUGGCCCUGGUGGCCCAGCGUGUGCAAAGCCACAUCCAUCAACGGUGUCAGCUGCAAUCCUCCUGGUUCCAUGGGGGCUUACUUGACUGGCAACUGCAGCGGGCUCGCCACUGAUAAUUACCUCGACCUUGUCGUGGUAAACAUGACAAAGAGGGAGCUCGGAUACAAAUACUGCGAGAAGAUCCCGGUGAUGCCGAAGUUUAAUACGCAUAAGAUGAUUAAUAUCACGACGAGUUCGCUGAAAGUGCUGCGGAAGAUGGGGUUUCGGAACUACAAGCGACACGACCUGGCGAUUGAGCCGUGGUCCCCCAUUUAUAAAUGGCGCCCGCAAUUCAAGAGUUGCCGGAAGGUGAAGGUUGGCAAGGGCGUUAAGGCGGCCAAAAGCCGUGGAGGAAGCAGCGGAAGAAACGGCGGAGAAGGCGGAGAGGCAGCGAAGAACAGUGAUGCGGGGGAGGCCUCAAGCACAGAGGCAGGCAGCAAAGACGGCAAGGGAAAGAAAGGCAGAGGGAACGCUAAGGGGAAGAAGGGGAGAGGCACGUACAAGGGGGGAGGCGGAGGCGUGUGGGAGCAGCUGAGGGCGUUGGGGUUGUGCAUCAGGGAAGUCAGUGCAGACGGAAACUGCUUCUUCAGAGCAGUGUCGGAUCAUGUGUUUGGGAACCAGUCAAAGCAUGUGGAGCUGAGGCACCAAGUGGUUGACUACAUUGAGGCACACGAGGCUGACUUUGCCCCCUUUGUGGAGGACGACAUGGGCUUUAAGGAGUACUGCAGCAGCAUGCGCGAGGACGGCACGUGGGGGGGCCACAUGGAAUUGCAGGCUGUAUCGCUGCUGCUGAGAAGAAACGUGUGCAUUCACCAGUUGCAGCAGCCGCGGUGGAACAUUGUCAACUUUGACGAUGCUAGCACUCCCACCAUCCACCUCUCAUACCAUGACGGGGAUCACUACAACAGCGUGCGGAUGGAAGGGGACGUUGGGUACACGCCAGCUCAGCCAAUCACCAUUCAGAGUGGAACUGGCAACAGCAAGGCGUCACAAGCAGGGGCGUCUGCACCUGCAGCAUCAAGUGUGGAUGAUGGGGCGGUGAAGCUUGUCGUAUCCUCCACAGGCUGCCACGACCGGCAGAGAAUCAUCCAGACUUUGGAUGACCUGGCAGGUGACGUGGAUGCAGCCAUAGAGUACCUUAUUGCUGUCCUGGCCAAUGAGACAGCGCCACGUGGCGAUGCAGAGCAUCCAGCAGCGCUCUCCUCAUCCUCGGUCCCUACAGGUCCAGUGCGAGCAGAAGCAGCAACAUCAACAGCAACAGUAACAUCAGACGCAACAGCAACAUCAGCACCACCAUCCACAGCAGCACCAUCUCAAACCACACCACUUGAUACAGCCACACCCAUUACAAUCAAACCACUUGCAACGCUAGAGACAGCAGCGCUUCCAGGCAGAGCCGUUCCCAGUUCUGAGCGCAGUGAGCGCAGUGAGCGCAGUGAGCAUCAGCAAACGCCCUCUGCAGCACUUGCAGCAGCAGCCUCGGGAGCAAAUGAUGAAAGCAGCUGUGGCAACAUGCAGGCGUGUGCUGCUGCCGUGCCUGGCGAUACUCCUGCUGCCGAUGCAUGGGUAAAGGGUGCUCUUCCUGGUUCAGCCCCCCCUGCCUCUGUAAAGUCGUCGUCAAAAGCGUCCCAUCAGGCUCAAGGUCGCAAUAAGCCGUGCCCUUGUGGCUCGAAAAAGAAGUUCAAGGCAUGCUGUGGCACCCACGGUCAACAGGGAGAUUAUCUUCAAAUGGCGCCUUCCCGGAUACAACCCGCACUUGCCGUAGCGCUACUCGCGCUAUUCGUUGCGCUCUCCGCAAUCUCCGCGCAAGCAAAGGGAUCGCAUCCCAAAGGCUCAUGCAGCCCCGUUGUAAGCAACGUCACUAUACCGAUAAAGACUGCCGCCGAUUUUCAGAAGCGGAAACAACAGGGCCGCAACCAAACCGUCGUGCUUAUGCUGCAGAACAGCCUGCUGCUCAGUCAAGGAAGCGGGUUGCUCUUUGACGGGGAUUUCUCCUGCACCAUUCUAACCGCGGCCAAACCCAACCUGUAUAUCAAAUAUAACGACGACGAUAUGCCGACGCUUCGAAUUUGGAACACGAGUAAUGUGCUUGUAUACGGCAUCAAUUUCCUCGUUGCAGUCACGACCGGGUCGCCCCAGUGCCCGAACGUACCCGAGGUCGGUAACGGGGUCAACUGUCCCGCCGUACACAUCUCCCGGUCGUACGGUGUCAUCUUCGGCAAGUCUACAGUGUUCGGACGCGUGGACGUUCACAGGAGCAUGAAUUCGCGAGUCGACAGUAUCAAGGUUACCGGCACCCCGACUUUCGCCAGUUCGCACGGCGUCAUUCGCGUGGCGUACAGUGGCCACAGCACGAAGCUUAUCAAGUCGAACAUCGCUAUAUCCAAUAACGAAGCGUAUGGUGUCGACACCCCGAUCGUCUUAUAUCGAGGCGCGGUGGGAGUGAAAGUGUUCCGCAACUACGUGCACGAUUUCAUCUUCGCGGGGAUCCGGUGCGGCGCGGACGUGCAUUUCGCGGGCGACUGUAUGAUGACGAAUGUAUCCAACAACCUUGUAGUCGCUAAAGGGCGCAACACUAACGGGGAUCACGACGCGGCGGGGAUCUACUACUGCACGCACUGGUUCAACCCUGGGAACGUGGCGCAGUGUAACUACGUCUUUAACGGCGACCACUGCUACUAUUUGGACUAUGACACGUCGGACGUGCGCAUCCGCGGCGGCGCGUGCAUCAACACGUACGACGGGAUUAAAGUCAACAACGGCAAGAGGAACGUCAUCAAGGACGUCGUAAUGAAAGGGCAGAUCGGUGCAGUGGGGUGGUGCACGUGCCUCACCCCCACCGUGAACAACUGCCUCAAGGACCCCGGGUUGUACUGGGAAAACAUGCGCAAGGCUUACUACGACACCCCGACAUUCAGAAAGUACUGGCCGUGGUGGAAGAACGUGUGUCAGGAGAGCGCAGUCAACGGGCAGAACUGCAACCCCCCGGGCGGCAUGACCGCCGCCCAGACCGGCAAAUGCAGCGGCCUGGCCACGGAGAAUCAGCUGGAUUUGAUCCUCGUGAACACGACGCGAGAUAGCCUCGAGUAUAAGUACUGCGAAACGCUACCAGCAAUGCACAAGCUGAACCAGCACUCCCAUAUUACGGUGGGUUCGGUUCCUUCCGCUGGAUUCCGGAAUUACAAGCGGAACGAUCUGGGUUUGAGGCUCUGGUCGGACAUUCGGCUCAAGCGGCCGAAUGUUUUGAGCUGCCCGAGGCGGAAAACGGGGCCGCAGAAGAAGAUUAAUCCGGCGUGGUACUUGAGACGGUUUAACAUUGGGAAGCCGAAGGGGUUUGAUGAGGAUGCGAUGAAAUCGCCCGGAGUAGCGAACACUCGCGAGCGUCGCAGCAGCUCGCGCGUCGAGGGUUUCAAAUGGGCCAUUCCCGACGGUCGCUCCGACCAGCCGUCCUUUUUCCGCCGAAACCUGCCGCUUCCGUUCCCCUUUUCGCGGCUUUCCGUCUCGUCUUGCGCCGUCCUUCUCGCAAUCGCUCUCUUGCUUCUCAUUGGCUCGCUCUUCCUCGGCCUAUCCGCGUUCCGCUCGCGCGAGGUGACACGUGUCAGCACCAGCGACGAUGACGGUGCGUCGUACGGAAAUGACGAUUACGGAGGCGCGGCCGGCAGCCCGCCUGCUCUUUCUGACGGAGACGGCAGCUUUGACGGCGGGAGCGGCGGCAUUGGCAGCGCGUCAAAAUCCACAUUCGGGAAAGCCACUUUUGGCGGGAAACCGAGCCGCUGGAGCGUCGAAGAGGACCUAGAUUCUGACAUAGGAGGUUCCGGUUUAGGAGGCUCCGGCUUUGGAGGUGCUAGUUCCUGGAAAUCCGGAAAAGGUAUCGGAAGAGGAGCGGGAGCGCGGUCCGGAUGGGGCAGAAACGAUGACGUGGACGGUGGUGGUGCAGGGCUCGGUGGGUCGAACUUUCCUCGAAGGUUCGCUGAAGGUUCUGAUGGUGACAAUGGAGAAGAUCCGCUGUAUCCGAAGGACAACCAGCAAGUGAUUGAUGCGAUUGGUGCUCUUAGCGGGGGAAGGGGCGGCUUGAAACGAGGGGGGAUGCGAGGUGGGGACUACGAGGAGGAGGAGAGUGAUGGGUUGAGUGCGGUUGGGAGGGGUAGGAGCGGGAGGAAAGGAAAGAAGAAGCGUGGGAAGAAGAAGAAGAGGACGAAGAAGAGGGGGAAGAAGGGGAGGCGUGGGAGCAAGACGAGAGGAAAGCGGAGAGACAGUCUUGACAAUACCGAGGAUGAUUAUGACGAGGAUGAGGAUGUGAGGCGAGGGGCGAGGAGCAAGAAAGGCGGCAGCAGCAGCAGGCGGAAGGGGAGCAGGAAGGGCGGAGGCAAGUGGGCGGGGGGGUUGGGGCAGGGGGAGGAGGAGGAGGAAAGGGAUGGGGAGUCAGCAUGGGGGGUUGGGAGAGGGGGGCGGUUGGGGGGACAGUCGAGCCUGGCCAGCAGGGGAAGAGGGGCGUGGAAUGAAGGAGGAGCGUUCAAAAGCGCCUUCGGUCGUGACAUGAGGUAUGCCAUAUGUGGUCAUGUGUUGCUUUGA